AUGGCCAAUCUCCCCUCCCAGCACCCCACUCUGUCCAUCCACCUCAGCGACAUCACCCUCACACCGCUGAUAACCUCCUCCUCCUCCCCGGCCCACCUCGACUCCCUGACCGCCCUGACCUCGAGCGCAUUGUCCUCCCAAACCGCCGCUCAGCGCGCGCACCUCGGCCGCCCCCAGCGCAUCAUGGUCGAAUACCCAGACUCGGGCGCCGUCGUGCUCCAGACCUAUCUUGACCCUCGCGAAUCCUCUUCGUCGGUCCCGUCCGGCCGGAGCACCUCCCACAAGGACGUGGACACCGUCGCCUCCGCCGCCACAGACGAAGACGCAGAAACCCGCCAGUUGCCCGACGACGCCGCGCCCAUGUUGGUAGGCGUAGUCGUUGCGCCUUCGUCUGAGGAAGCGAGAGAGGCCAGGAGGGCCGCCGCCACGUUGGAGAGAGUCGGGAGGGAGUUUCAGAAGGAGUGGACCGCACAAGCUGAGCGAGAUGCCGGUGCCGAUUGA